AUGCAUUCCGUGUUUGCCGCUGUUGGAAAUCAAUCUUCAAGUGAUUUCUUCAUUCAACUAGAUGAACCUAAUAGAGUAUACUUUCCGGGAGACGAAAUAAGAGGCGUCAUUCUUAUUCGCAGUUCGAAACGAAUAAGGUCGUCGUCAAUACGUCUUCGGUUUAAGGGUAAGGUGACUACCAAUGCACGCGAGUCUCGAAUGUUCCGGGUAUUUGAUAACUCGGUGCCUGUUGAUGAGCUUGAAAAAGUCGGGUAUACUCCUCACCAGAGGUUUGCUUUUAUGGCAAAUUUGCCACAGGGAACAUUACCCUCUAUUUAUUCGUUUAAUGGUGGUUCGAUAAGCUAUACUUUUAAAGCGACACUGCACUCUUCUUGGUUGCCCGAAAAGUUAUCGAAAAGGUGUGCAGUUAGCGUGAAUGUAUUAGAUAGAAUUGACAUUCAGGCCUAUCCAGCGCCUGUGAUUAGACCAUUUCAAACAGAAGUCAAGGUGAAGAAAAAGAAGACCAAGGGAAUUGCGUUUGUCGAUGUGUUGGUUGGGAAAGGAGCAGUUUUGCAAGGCAAGUCUUGGUGCGGGUAA